UCUUAAGGUAAAUGGAUUAAUUAGCAAUUCUGGUUUACUGCUGGGCACUUUUUCAUUAAAUGUUUUCGUUUUUAUCGACUUGAUCUUUGUUCUUCUGGGGAUGUCUGCUGUUUUUUUUUUCUCUUAUGCUUGUGGGCUCCGACUUCUGAUAGACGGACUAUGAUUCCCAAGAAUCACAUCGGUGCCGAUUUUUGUAUUCUGGAUUGCAUUGGGUUUUGAAUUGCUGAAGGAUCCUUCAUUUUUUCCCGAGUUUUCUUGUAUAUCAAACGCAGUGGAACUAACAUGAUAGAAUUGAGACAUCAUAUUUGAUUUAGAAUGGGAAUGUUUGGUACUGCUAGCUGAUCUUGAUGAUGCUUCUGUCUGUAAUGUCUGGGUCAUGCAGAUUUUCAUCCAAAACGGGAGACUGCUUUCAAAAUUGGACUUUGGCUUCACAAGCUCAGUGGAUCCCUCCAUUGACUAUGAUCCCUUUUCACAGCCAGGCUUCAGUUUCAAGCUUUAAAUAUUUAACAACAUUAUUGUGUCUCUUCAAUCAUGUAGUAGCUGAAAGGAGGUUUAUAUACGCAUGUGCAUAUUUCAUUACAGCAGGAGGGUUGAACUUCAGAUUUCUGGCUCAAGUAUGCAUAUUUUGGAGAAUUCAUUUUCAGACAACUACUGAGAGAGAGAAGGCAGUGGAUCAUGCAAUGAUUGUGAAGGUGGGGCCAGAAGCAGAAGCCGCAAUCGUAGUUAUGAAGUCACUGUCCUACAAGUAGAGAGGGUGGUUGUCAUUCCCAGUUCACGGUUAUUGUCAUUUUCAUUUGGCCCUGUCGUCCAG